CUCAUUCGGUAUACAUCGACUCAAUCAAGGACCAGCGAGCCUUGGACGCCCGCACACACGGGCAACCAUCAACGUUCGACUAGUUGGGAGUGGAAAUCCGGGAUAGAACCAGGAUGAGGAGAACUAUCGUUUCGGCAGCAUUUCUGCUAAUCGGGUGCUUGAUUGCUUCAGCGUACGACACCUCAGACUUGGAGGUGUACCCGGGCAGGUCCCUGCUGCACGAUGACAAAAAGACUGACUACGGCUGCCAGUGCAAGAAUGCAAACUGGUACUGCCACGGCUACUGCAACAUUGGCACCACCUCUGGCGACGUGCAAGGCUGCAUGCGCGACUGCCUGAUCUGCUGCGGCUGGGGCGGGGCACCGCCCGCAGCGCCGAAGACACAGGAGACCCCAGCCCCGACCCCGGAAGCCACCCCUGCACCUCAGGCUGAGCAGCCUGCUGCCGCUGCAGAGCCCACCCCCGCCCCCAAGACCCCAGCAGCACCUGCUGGCCUCACCAAGUCCGCGACCCCAUCGCCUCAAGUCAGGGUAGUGAACACCCAGGGGCGCCGGCUGCACCAGAAGUCCUCCUCACCUCCUAGCAGCCCCUCAGGCAACUGGGGGGGUGACGGCAAGAAGGGCGAUGGCGGCGACUGGAAGGGAAAUGGCAAGAAGGACGAGGGCAAGAAGGACGACGGCAAGAAGGACCCCAACCAGUGCUGGAACAGCUUCUGGAGCAAGUACCCCUGGAAGAAUUGAUCUGGCGGCGGCUUCGCCGAGUUUCGAGACAACUACUGAAACGGGUCAGGUGUUUUCUACUGCUGGCGUGGAUGUGCCUUCUGAAGGCUUUCGUGUCAAAUCCACCCUGAGUAGUUUCAACCAACGAAUGAGUGAUCGGUGCUUUGCACGCGAUUGGCUGGGCCCCGCGCAUGGGUACGCAGAGGGAAAUGAUCAAAUAAUAAUUCGCCUUUGCACAUCAUCAUGAUGUGUGCCUUGUGGUUUGUAUGCCCAUGUGCCUGCUGUAGCGAGCAUAUAGCUAAAUGGGAUGACUAUGCACCAGUUUGUCACCAUUGUGAUUUUGGAAUGAGUCUGCAGUAGAUUUCGUACAAAUUGCAUACUUUAUAUAGACUAUCACAGAUUAUAUAGACUAUCAUAGAGACUUAUGGCUGGCGGGGGGCGGUAUAAAUACUGAGCACAGUGCCCAUGGUUGCUUGGGUGUUGCUUGGAUCUGGCGAGUCCAACAAGGGGUAGGAAUUUGGCAGCCUUUACAUGCAGCUUGGCUACAGACGCACCUUGCCUUUUGGCAGGAAAAGCGUGUAAUAAUAGUAGUAAUAAUAAUAGAGACUUAUGGCUUCUGGACUCCCUCUGCAGUCACAACACGGUGUUGUGCACUAGUGUGCAGAGACUGCAGAAAGAUCCAAAAAGAUCCAAGAAGUGCACAAGUGUAAAUAAGUUUAUUUUGAUC